GACGUGUUCACUUUGCGGCUGCGUGGCUGGAAUGUCAUGACACUGUGACGUAUUUGUUAGUGAUGCUGCGUGUGUUCAGGAGCAGGCUGACCUGUGACCGCACCAGACUCUGUUCAAAGUUUAUAUUAAGUUAAUAUUUAAUCGUUCCUUAAACCAGACCGCGUGCUAAAUGUCAGACGUUAGACAUGAGACGAAUGUGUGAAUGAGGUGAGGAAAGCUUCGGCUUAGAGUUUCUCCCCUGAGCUGCAGCCAGCAGCGAAGCCUGAAAACCAGUCAUGGUUUCCUGCCCCGGCCCCGGCCCCUCCCCCUCCUGUUGGCCACAGGAGGUGGUUACCUUGGUUACCAGCACUACAGGAGGAAGGGUCAGCAAGAGGAUGGAGCUCUGCCCCCUCUGGCCUCGCCCACACAGGCUCCAGGCGCCUCGCUUGGCUCUUCGUCGUCAUCUGAGUGCGCUUAGUGGCGGCGUGUGUCGCCCCACCUCUUGGCGCCGUCGGCCAAUCGCCUUCCUCUGCUAUGUCCUGUCUGCCAGCGCUCUGCGGCCAAUGGCCAAUCGGGUGGCGUUGUACCGCUCCCUCCCGACUCGCCUCCUCUCUCGGACUUGGGGUCGUCUGAAUGGGGUGGAGCUUCCCACCUGGCUCCGAAAACCCAUCUACUCCCUCUACAUCUGGACCUUUGGGGUCAACAUGCAGGAGGCUGCGGUGGAGGAUUUGCAUCACUACAGGAAUCUGGGGGAAUUUUUCCGUCGACGUCUGAAACCUGCAGUCCGACCACUCUGCCCUUCCUCCUGUCUGAUCUCUCCAGCCGAUGGAAAGAUUCUGCACUUUGGUAGGGUAAAGAACUCGGAGGUGGAACAGGUGAAGGGCAUUACCUACAGUCUGGAGAACUUCCUGGGUCCACAGAAGAGGCAGGGCAACGACCCUUCUUUGUCUUUCCGGGACCUUCUCCUGUCGUCUCCUGAUAACGACCUUUUCCACGUUGUGGUCUACCUGGCUCCAGGUGACUAUCACUGUUUCCAUUCACCCACAGACUGGAGGGUGGAGCUUCGACGUCAUUUCCCAGGCUCAUUAAUGUCCGUUAACCCUGGCAUUGCUCGUUUGGUCAAAGAGCUGUUUUGCCUUAAUGAGCGUGUGGCGCUCACUGGCCAAUGGGAGCACGGCUUCUUCUCAUUAACGGCAGUCGGGGCCACAAACGUCGGCUCCAUCAGACUUUACUUCGACCAGGAGCUUCAGACGAAUGCUCCUCGCUACAGUAAAGGAUCCUUUUACGACCGCAGGUAUGUUGCCGAUGGAAACCAGGUUUCAAUUGCAGCAGGUGAAGGAGGUGUGGUCCCGGGUGAUGAAAGGGGUGUGACCUUACAGAAGGGGGCAGCAGUCGGGGAGUUCAACCUCGGCUCCACCAUUGUUUUGCUUUUCGAAGCUCCCAAAGACUUUAGCUUCACCCUGCAGCCAGGACAGCGAAUCAGAGUGGGAGAAGGACUUGGCAGCCUCUGAAGAUCCAGACUUAUGGGGAGGGGCCUGAUGAUGGAGACUAAUCAGAGACAAAUUUUAAGAGUUUAAGGCAUUGUGGAAAAUGUUCUCUAUUACUAAGAAGCUGUGGAGCACAUAGAGAUCCUUUUAUGACAAUGACUCAUACUCCCAGAAUGCCUUGUGCCUCGUGAACGGGGAAAUGCCAUACCUCUUGCUCUUGCUUUCUGUUCUUUCCUUUCUGUCUCAACUGGAGACUGAACCAACUAACAAAACUAAUCCAGAACAAAAAGCAGACUUCAUUAAUCAGACUGUACCAACAACUAAACUCCUCACACAACAGAAUAAAAACAUGUUUUACAAAAUGUUGUUUCAAGUCAAAUAUUCUGUUAAAGUGAAGUUAAACAUUCCUCCGUCCACUGAAAGUUUGAAUGUUUGAAGCUUUAUUGUCCACAUCUUGUGGUUAAAAGUCCACUCAGAGCAGAAAAACAAAUCUGAAGCAGCUGAUUGCUGGAAACUCAACAAAAUGCCUGUGAUUGGUUAAAAAUAAUAACGGUGUUCAUUAUUUCUUUUUCUAUGUGUUAAAUUGACAUAGCAAAAGAAAAACUGAUGGUUUGUUGCUUCUCUACUUUUGUAAAAUAUGUAAUUAUGAAUAAAUAUUUAUUUCUCA